AUUUAAGAAAAAUGGGCAUUUUUAAGAAGAAAUUCCUGCUUUUUACACUCUUGCUAAGCUCUGCAUUGACUAAUGGCUGGGCUGAUGAAGACAAUGAAUAUGACUCCGUUAGGGAAGAAGAACCAACCACGCCAUAUGAGUGGGAAUAUUUUCCUCUCGAGUAUCAUCCAUCAGUCACAGACUUCCAGAAAAAUCUGGGUUUGCUUGAUAAGUUCCCGAAUAUUGAUGCUUGAGUACAUGACCGAGUAGCUGGAGACCAGAGAAAAUACUGGUACGCUCCUGCAUUUAUCGAUAUGGACUUAGCAGGAUCUUAUUUCUUUGUAUUAAUAGGAGCUCCUGCCUUACUAAUACUUCUUCCACUUCUCUUCAAAUGUAUUCUGUCAGAGAGGAUCCUGAGGACCAUAUCUGGAGAAAAGUAUGACAGUGCAUUUGCUGGAAGCCUUUAUUUAGCUUGGUAUUCUGCCAUUUUGUUCUCUUUGGCAGCCACAAUUUAUCUUAUCGCAGGAAGAUUCAGAAUAGAGAUCGUGUGGUGAUUCGACUCACCUCAUACAUACAGGGAUCAUCCGACAUCGAUGAAAACAGUCAUUGACAUCCCAGUUAUGGACUCAGAAGACAUUCUAGAUUACGGGCUAACUAUUUCAGAAGGAUUCAUGAAUACCGUCUACUCUCCAGCAGAAUAUGAGUCAAGGAGCGAAGUUGAUAGAUGAACGACUGAAAACAUGGGCACCUUCACCAGAUUGACUUGCACUUUUGAAGACAUUGUCUCCUUUGAACAAGACGUGGUUGAACACUUGUACUUUAAAUUUAAUAAAGAGCAAGUGAAUAUGCAAGAAUUUGGAAAUGCAAAGAUCAUUAUGCUAAAUAAAUUUGGCUAUGAUGGCAUGGAAGAUCCUGAAAAAAGAGAGCAGAUGGUUUAUUAUGAAAGAUAUGAGAUGCUAAAGGAAGGCAUUGAUAUUCCCAUGGACAUGGCUUCUAAAAUGAAAGUUAAGCUGAUUCCAACACAGUAUCAGAAUAACAUUAGGGACUUCCAUUAUACUGAAAAUAAACAGCAUUUAGUCUCUUUACGUCCUAACGUAUCAGAGGAUGAGGAGGAGGAGGAAGAUGAACAGAUUCAUUUUGAGUUUGAAUUCGAUGUGGACAAGAAAGUGAUGAGAUAUGAAUCCAGGAGUCUGUUAGUGACGGUCACUCAGGCAAUGAGCCUGCUCACAGGAAUGAUAUUCGUUGGCUUCCUGUACAUAGACUUGCUCAAGAAAUGGAAGCUAGGGGAGUGGUAGUCACCAUACAAUAUACAAGUGCAUAUUUGCUCGGGAAUAUUCAACAU